CCUUUACAUUUUGUAAUCAAUAGCAUUACCUAUCCGAGUAGCAGGAAUCAUGCUGACUGGACAGUUUUGUUGCGCGAAUUGUUGUAAAAAGAACUUCUCUUCUGAAUUAUAUAUUUGUAAGAGAUGCCAUGAAAUACUAUGUGCAUCAUGUCAAUUGCAUCACGUCGAUAUCAAAGUAAUGGGGAAAAGGUUACAUAAAAUGAUCAACCUGAAUGACUUAAUAAGUACAACUCUCAACGAGAAUUAUAGUAAAGUUCCAACAAACUCUCGUCUUCAAACAAAAGCGGGGAGUAAAUUUAACAGACAAUUCGGGAUGAAAGCAAUCAGAAAACAUAAACAAUUGGCAGCAUGCAAUGCUGCUAUUAAAGAAGCUUUGAUUAAAAAUAAAAAGAGAAAUGAGGCAAUAGAAAGAAAAAUUAAAACUUCGUUGAAGCAGUUUACCGUAAAAUUUUUGCAAAUGCUGAGUAGUCACGAAAAACAUUUACGCCACCAACCCGAUGACAUGACCCACUAUCAAACGACCCAGUUGACAUCCAUAUGGAAAAACUCAGAAAUUUUAAUGAAAAUAUUUGAUCAGGCAAAUGAUUUCAGAACAUUCUCGACGGCAGAAGACUCCGGAUAUAUUUCAGAAUUGGAAGAAAACUUUAGCCUUUUUGACAGGCACGUUGUGUACUACUUGUAAAAUUAUAUACAUUCCACUAUCUAGCAUAUUUCUUUAGGCAUGUUGAGGCGAGGGUAUGGUGUUUAUUUACCAUUGUUAAUUAAAUUUUAUGCACCUGUUAUUAG